CUUUAUCGCGCAUUUUUUCUCUCUCUGUAGUUUUUAAAGAGCAAAAUGCAGGCCGGGCUUGCUUCAGUCUAUGUCAGUACCUCAUUGAAAUUCCGGAGUCGAGCUAUUGGCUUUUCUGAAAUGAGCAGGAUGCAAUGCAACCAAAGAAUUUCUAAUUUAUCGGCAUCUUUAUCUGCAAAUUUUAACGGCAGGAGAAAAAGUAGAUUGAAGGGAUCUGUUGCUAAGGAGAGUAGCCAAGCUCCAAUAAAUAAUUCUGAGAAACCAGGAGAGAUGGGCGUAAAUUUAGCAAUGGAUAUCAAGGUGGACAAGAUGGAAAGCCAUGAAGGAGUUCAGGAGGCCGAGAAAGAUCUAAAGAGUUUUGAAACUAUGACAGUUCAAGAACUCCGAGUAUUGAUGAGGAAAGCAGGUAUCCCUCCUAGGGGUCGUAAGCAAGACCUUGUGUCAGCCUUGAAGCAUUCUAUGGAAUCAGGAUUAGGUCAGAGUUCUCAACGUCUGGAAACUGAGGGAAAUGCUGCCUCCAUGAUGGAAACUGGUCAUCACAAAAGGGCAACACAGAAUAGAAAGGUUAAGAAUUCAUCUGCCAGAGAAACUCGGACUCUUUCUCAUCUUUCUGUGGACAAUGUUGAGAGUUUGGAGAUUAUUUCAGAAGUUUCAAGAACUCACGAGGAUGAUUCUCAUGUGGUCCUGACAAAGAAUGCAUCUACCACCAGAAGAAAGGAGAAGACAGGGAGUAUGUCAACAGAUAUGAAGCCUACCAAAGUUAGCUACAAGAGAAAGGCAGCAGCGAGGGAGUAUGAGAGAGUUGAGGUUGCUAAUGGUGUUGGUCCAUUCAUGAAUGAACAACCAUGGACAGUGUUAGCACACAAAAAACCACAAGAAGGAUGGGUGGCCUAUAACCCAAGCACCAUGAGGCUUCCACCUCCUGAUGGUACAAAACAUGUGAAAAUUCUCUCGUGGAAUGUUAAUGGCCUAAGAGCACUACUAAAACUGGAGGGAUUUUCUGCUCUUCAACUUGCCCAGAAGGAGAAUUUUGAUGUUUUGUGUUUGCAAGAGACAAAACUACAGGAGAAGGAUGCGGAGAAAUUUAAACAAUCCCUAAUAGAUGGUUAUGAAAAUAGCUUCUGGACGUGUAGCAGUUCCAAGCUUGGUUAUUCGGGUACUGCAAUAAUCUCACGGAUAAAACCACUUUUUGUUAAAUAUGGGCUUGGCUUACCUGAUCACGAUCAUGAAGGACGGGUUGUCACAGUGGAGUUCGAUACAUUUUUUUUGAUAAGCAGCUAUGUACCUAAUUCCGGUGAGGGUCUCAAGAGACUGACUUAUAGAAUUGAGCAAUGGGAUCCAUCACUGAGCAACUACGCAAAAGAAUUGGAGAAGUUCAAGCCUGUCAUUUUAACUGGUGAUUUGAAUUGCGCUCAUCAAGAGAUCGACAUUCAUAAUCCAUCUGGAAAUCGCCGAAGUGCUGGAUUUACAGAUGAAGAAAGGACAUCCUUUAGAACAAAUUUCUUGGCCAAUGGUUUUGUGGAUACCUUUCGUCGACAACAUCCUGGUGUGGUUGGCUACACCUACUGGGGAUAUAGGCAUGGUGGGCGUAAAACCAACAAAGGUUGGCGGCUUGACUACUUCCUCGUUUCGGAUUCGAUUGCCGACAAAGUUCACGACUCCUACAUUCUUCCUGAGAUUGAUGGUAGUGACCAUUGCCCCAUAGGCCUAACAUUGAAGCUCUAAAUUCAUAUCCAAAUUUGCAUCGUUUUGUGUAUUAUUUUGCUCCAGUUUUUCUGGUCUCCUCUUUGUUGAAGAAUCUGUUCAAGAAGCGUGUCCAUGGAAAUGGUUGGGAUUUGCUUGGUGUGAAGAUGGAACAUUUCAAUUUUGAUGUCAACUUCAGUAAUUUAUGGGUCAGGACUCUCUUCCAUUUAUUGUCUAUUAAACGCGGUAGUGGAGUUUAGAAUAUAUUGUAUCCAAGAUUGCUAGA